CCCUCUGCAUACAGUACUCACCGCACUCAUCUUUCGCAAUAUGGCACAGAAUGGAACUAUAGAAAAUGGAUUGUCUCCGGGAGGCAUGCCCCCCAUCCCCCAACCUGCGAAGGUGCCAGAGAUAGCACACACACAGAUUUUUAUCAACAAUGAAUGGCACAAGUCUAUUAAUGGAAAGACAUUUCAGGCAGUUAACCCGGCAACAGGUGUGAACAUCUGCGACGUGGAGGAGGCAGACGAGGCAGAUGUGGAUAAGGCCGUGGAGGCAGCCAGAGCGGCCGGUCAGCGGGGAUCUCCUUGGCGCAGCCUGGACGUGUCCAGCCGGGGCAGACUAUUGCACAAAUUGGCCGACCUGUUGGAGAGGGACCGAGUACUGCUCGCUACCCUGGAAUCAAUGGAUACUGGUAAACCCUUCAUGCAUGCUUUUUUCAUCGAUCUCGACGGCAGCAUCAAAACUCUGAGGUACUAUGCGGGCUGGGCAGAUAAGAUCCACGGCAAAUCACUACCAGUAGAUGAAAAUUUCGUGUGUUUCACCAAGCACGAACCGGUCGGUGUUUGUGGAGCAAUCAUUCCGUGGAAUUUCCCCCUGUUGAUGUUCACGUGGAAGAUUGCACCUGCGCUGUGUUGUGGCAACACAGUGGUCAUCAAGCCGGCUGAGCAGACCCCACUCACCGCACUCCACAUGGGAGCCCUGAUUAAAGAGGCUGGCUUCCCUGCUGGAGUGGUGAACAUCGUGCCUGGGUUCGGCCCCACGGCAGGAGCCGCCAUCGCCAGACACAUGGGCAUUGACAAAGUGGCGUUCACUGGCUCCACCGCGGUGGGCCAGCUGAUCAAAGAAGCGGCAGCGAAGAGCAAUCUGAAAAGAGUUACUCUGGAACUGGGCGGGAAGAAUCCCUGCAUUGUCUUUGCUGAUUCAGACUUGCAGCUGGCGGUGGAGGAGGCUCAGAAGGGGGCGUUCUUCAACCAGGGCCAGGCGUGCACGGCCGCCUCCCGCGUCUUUGUGCAGGACGAGGUCUACGAGGAGUUUGUCCGUCUCAGCACCGAGGCGGCCAAGAGGAUAGUGGCCGGAGACCCCCUGGACCCACGCACACAACACGGACCACAGAUUGACCAGAAGCAGUUUGACAAGAUCCUUGGCCUGAUAGAGAGCGGGAAGGACGAGGGAGCCAAACUGGAGUGCGGAGGCCAGGCACAAGACGGCAAAGGCCUCUACAUCCAGCCCACAGUGUUCUCUGCAGUCAAAGACAACAUGCGCAUCGCCAAAGAAGAGAUCUUCGGGCCUGUGCAGUGCAUCCUGCGGUUCAAGAGCCAGGAGGAGGUGAUCAAGAGAGCCAAUAGCACGCAGUACGGCCUGGCAGCCGCCGUCUUCACGCGCAGCGUAGACCGGGCACUCAACGUCUCCUCCGCCCUGCAGUCGGGCACCGUGUGGGUGAACUGCUACAAUGCCCUCCAUGCCCAGACCCCGUUCGGAGGCUACAAAAUGUCUGGAAACGGCAGAGAGCUCGGUGAAUACGCCCUAUCUGAGUAUUCCGAAGUGAAAGCUGUCACCAUCAAACUUGCCGAGAAGCUGUGAAAGAUGCCGACCAACGGCCCUCAACCUUGACCAUCCCAAACCCCCACUCUCCUCCAACCAGAGGCAGACAUACCAGACUCAGACAGAAAAAGUGCUGUCAUAUACAGCACUUGUUCCAGCCAAUUCACCUAACCAGUCGAUCCCUGGUUAAACCUGCUGAAUAGUAAAGUCAACCUGUGUUGAGAGCACUGGCAACAGGAUUACACUACAUGCAGGGCCGGAUUAAGAAGGCCCGGGGCCCCUAGGCUACAGGUUGCUGUAGGCCCCCUCGGAAUGCAAAUUUAAGAACACAUAGACGGCAUCAUAAUUCCUACUCAAGAGGGGUGUUAGUUAGAUUGAAAACUCUACCUGACAUGGCAGACUGAGUUAUCAAUACUGCAUCUUGUUACAUUUCUCCAAUUAUAUUGAUUUCCCCCCCCUUUGGCCAACUGGGUGCCCCCUGCCAGGUCGGGGGCCCUAGGCUGCAGCCAUAUCUAGCCUGUGCAUUAAUCCGGCCCUGACUACUACUGGAACUUUUACUUACUCUGUCCAGUUUGUCUGCCUCUACUCCCAACACCCCUUUACCCACCCCAGCCACCCCAGCAUCGACGCCAGCACUUCAAGUGACUCACCAUCCUCCUCAUCAUCAACCAGCCGCCAAAAUGUGCCUUGGUCUGAUGGUCUAUACCUACUUUUUAACGCCUGCCCAUGGCCUAGCUCUAGCUGCCUGCCUGCCCCACGCCUGUGGGGGCUUCCCCUCAUGUGUAACCCUCUCUUUACCACAUGCAAAUCUGCCCUCCUCUUCUUUUUUAAACCUCUGUAGAUGUGAUGUACAAAUGUAAAUGUCAUUUGUAAUUCUUUUUAUGUUGUUGACUUGGCUCUUAUAUAGUGGUCUUUUUUCCUUAAGUCUUUAUACUAUCUCAGCUAUACUGUAACUUGCAGCAAAUGAAUGGACUGGGGACUGUAUAUUUUCGGAGAGUGAGAAAUUAUGUGGAUGUCUAAAAUGCCUAACGUGUGAUAGUGUAAUACUCACUGCAUCAAAUCUAUGCCACAAUUUAUGGUCAUCCAGGAGAUUGUUUUAAAUCAUACAUGUCAUGAUGUAAGGCAUGCUUUGGACAUCUACAGAGUACAGUUUUUUAGUACCAGUGAAAAACUGCCUGUCAAUGCAUUAGUGUGUAGUGUGGUGACAUUUCUUAAAGCUUUAAUUAAAAUUAAAGGCAGAAAACUGAUAAUGGUUUAUUAAAAUUAACUGGUACUGGAAAAGUCAAAUGUAAUGUGAAACUGGACAUUUUAACAAUGUCAUAAAUGUAUUUUAAUAGUCUGACAACUUGCUGUGUUCCACUCAGCAAAAGAUAAUAACCAAGUGAAAGUGCUUUUGCUCUUCGCAAAAUGUUUGUUAAAUGUUUUACCUGCAGAGAAUGUUAUUUUAACCCAAAUGGCUUUUAAAGUUUUUCCAUAAUUCUUGGAAUAGUCAUAUACUUUUUUGUAAAGUUGUCAAAGUCUUACUUCAAACAACAACAAUAAAACAAUCUUUUGAAAAUAA